AUUUGGGUCUCCAUAGGAAUUGGCGAGCGGUGAGAAGACGAGGGACGACCGAGGGUGACGACGGCGUGCGCCGAUGUCUCAGCCGGGAGGCGAUACAUCCCGUAUCGGGAUUACCAGGAGGAGAAUCGGUUUCCCGUCGCCGCCUUCUUCCUCUCCUCCGCCGUCGACUGAACGCCCACCGAUUCAUGGCGACAUCGACCCGCCGCCCAAGGCCCGCCUGUGCCUCACCAUCUGUGCCUUCUUCGCCAUCCUCUUCCUCGUCUCUCUGCAGUUCAUGCAGCCCACACAUUACCGAAAUCCUUCUGAUCCGCUCCGUCGUUGGAUUCCGUUCGACGCCCGCGGCAAGAUGGAGCAUCCUGAUAACUUAAAACAACCAAGUUCAACCUCAGUGCUUGACAUGCAUAUAGUUUCGUGGAUCGACUGCUUGGAUCUUCGGCCACUUGUGGUUCUGAUCAAUUCCACAAUUUCAAGCUCGAGGAUGAUGGAAAAUCUUUAUUUCCAUUUCUUCAUACCAGAUAAGGAGGAAGAAAAACCGACUUACUACAAGCUGAAACUUUUGUUUCCACAUUCUGACAUUGAAAUACUUGGACAUAAGGAAGUCAUUGAGAAAUUGGGUACUACUACUACUGAUGCCAAAGGUAGCUGGACUUCCCUUCAUGAAAUAGCACCUUUUGUGAUUCCAAAAGUGUACCCGCAUCUGAAGAGAUUCAUGUAUGUUCCAGGCGACGUAAUCAUCAAGGGCAGCGUGGAAGAGCUUCUUGGCAUUGACCUAACUAAGCAUGCAAUUGCUGCUAUUGAGGAAUGCAGCAUUACAUUAAGUAGCCUUGUUAAUUUUGAAGUUCUGGAGGCUAUGCAAAGAUUAGCUGAAAAGCCUUGGGUGUCUAGUCUGCCUUAUGAAAAAAAUGCAUGUGUACUCAAUACUGGUGUGCUUCUAAUAAAUUCAGAUGGGCUGGAAAAUGACAUUUUGGAAUCCAUUUUGUGGUGGGACAAGGUUUUCAGCAACAGAAAAUCCAGGAUAGAGCACACUAAUCCGGCAAUCUCUGUGGCUUUUUAUGAUAAAUAUGUCAAACUUCCUGAUGUUUGGAAGAUUGAAGAUCUGGAGAAGAGCAAUGCGGCCAAAAUUCUUCGAUUUGAUGGGCUGAAGAAGGAAUGCACUGGACAUGAUAGAGAUGACCAAGCUAUUCAGUUUUCAGGUUUUGGUUCCAUCUGGAAACAGUACUUUCCUCCAUCAGCAGAUCGAAUAUUGGAUUACUGAAGAUCCCUUGUACCGAUUCAGAGUUUCAGGCUGCUGAGUUUGUGCUCUUGGAUAGGUUUAAUGGUGUAGUAUAUGGCGCAAGAGUCUGAGCAGAACGUGUACAGCUCGCUGCUAGUAGAAAAUUUGUUUGGUCGCUGAAAAUGUUCUCAAACUUGAUUAUGCUAUUUGUUUUGCUUUCUUGGUCGUUGAUCGUUCCAAAUGGCUUAGUUUAUAGAAUCUUAGCUCUGUGAGUUUAGGCAUGUAAAGUUCGCUUAUUAUUUUAUGUCACUGUCUUGUUCGAUCACAUUUCAGUUUUAAACUAUUUUUUAGAUAUUCAAAUAAAUUGUUUAAUUAAUGAAUUUUAUGCACUA